UCCAUUUCUCCUAAUUAUUAUUUUUGAAACUUUUUUCUUUCUUUCUCCAAAUUAUUGAUUGGAUGAAAAAUAGUUUUUGGAAAAUAAAAACCGUAAAUUAUUCUAAAAACUAGAAACAAUUAACACAUUUCGUAUCUUUUAAAAAAAAUAUAGAAAUAUUAAAUAUUAACAAUACCAAAAAAAUGUUCAUUGGCCAGUGGGUGGGGGUGUGGGUCUGCCUCUUUCCUCUUCUUACUCUCUAUAUACUUUUAUCUACCUCUUUGUUAUCCCCUUCAGGGCUUGUCUCUAUAAGUAUUGUCUACCUCUCCAAACUCCUUAUUUUUAGUUUUCUAAAUAAUCUUUGUCUUCUUCGAGUUUCCAAUACUAAUGGAUGAUACCAACCGUCUUCAUCGCCUUCGAAGUCACAAGCAAACCAAGUUCAUUCGAUAUAACUCCGAAGAAGUGACUAGUAUCAAAUGGGAGUUUAUCAAUAUGACCGAACAAGAAGAAGACCUCAUCUCUCGAAUGUACAGACUUGUCGGUAAUAGGUGGGAUCUAAUAGCGGGAAGAGUGGCAGGACGAAGUGCAAGUGAGAUAGAAAGAUAUUGGAUAAUGAAAAAUAAUGACUAUUUCUCAAACAAAUAAAGUCAACUCUAUUCUCUAAAAAUCUUCAUGUUUUGUUUUCUUCUGUUUCUCUUCCUUCCUUUUUGUUAUUACUGGAAAAUAAAAAACUGAAGUUAUGGACAAUAAUUUUUGUUAUUGUGGACAGUAAAAGCUUCAUUGUGUUUAUCUUAUCA